AUGCCGUCCAUCCGAUCGUCCGCUGAACUCGCCCGUCCCAGGUCCGACCUUCGCCUAGCGCCCAUUGCCACGUCGCCACGCACCGUCGCCAAGGUCCCUCUACACCGGUCACUCGUCUUUGCUUCACACCACUCUGUCAACCCCUUCGUGCCCUUCUGGAAGUGUUCGAACGAGGGGGGGUGUUGAAUUGCAUUCUGUCAAGCCUUCGAACACUUCGACAUCGGGCCGCCGUUUGACGGGCUUGUCCGCCUUUCGCCUCGCGCCUCCGCCUCAGCGCCUCGCCUCCGCGCGCCUUCGCCUCAGCGAGCCUCCGGCGCGCCCCCUGUCCCUCAGAGCCUCGCCGCAUGAUGCUUGCGCCCAGCCUCGUUCCUCGACCCAUGUGCACCUUUCAUCAACCCGUCCACAUCCUGGUCCGUCCAGCCCGCACCGCGUCCGUCGUGUCAGACCACGCCUGUGCCGUUCCACCACCUUCGCAUCGGCGCCUUCGCCGCGCCCCCUGUUACCCGAGCCUCGUGGCCUGAUACACACGACCAGUCUCGCUCCCUCGACACAUGUGCACCGUUAGUCAACCCGUCCACAUCCUGGUCCGUCCAGCCCGCACCGCGUCCGUCGUGUCAGACCACGCCUGUGCCGCUUCGCCGUUUUUCGUCUCGGCGCCUUCGCCUUCGCAGCCAAGCCGCUGCCCCUGUUCGCCGCCCCGCGCCAGCCUGUUCAACUCACGCUCGCGCGCCGCCGCCUCCCACGCCGGAACUUUGUCAAUCUACCUCUCCUGUCCUUACCGAGCCGUUGCCUCCGCCUAGACACCGUCAGCUUGCCAUCACCGCCCUCAUGUUUCAUCGGCCAUCCAGAGCAUCGCCCAUGCAUGACUGUCAGAGUCAAGACCCAAUCAGGGAAAUAACAAUCAGAGGAUAG